AGUUCUUGUGACUUGAGCAAAAAUGGAACUUCCGAUCGAACGCUAUGACAAGGGGACGUACAUUGAGACGAACACCAAGAACAAGAUCAGUCGGCAUAGCACUGUCUGCGGCACCCAGAACAUUGUCCUCGGCGGCAAGAGCAUUGUUCACGCAGAGUGCGUCAUACGAGGUGAUCUCAAGCACAUCCAAGUCGGAAAGUACUGCAUCUUGUCCAAGCGCUCCGUGAUCCGACCGCCGCAUCGUCUUUACAAAGGCGAGGUCGUGUUUUUCAAACUGGAAAUGGAGGACUAUGUUGUGAUUGGAGAGGACUCUGUUGUGGCUGCGGCAAAGAUUGGCUCGUAUGUUCAGAUUGGCAAGAACUGUGUCAUUGGCGCACGAUGCAUCUUGAAAGACUGUUGCCGAAUACUCGACAAUACCGUGUUGCCGCCCGAUACUGUUGUUCCGCCUUUUGCCGUGUUUGGCGGCAAUCCAGGAACCCUGGUCGAUCAACUGCCUGAGUCGGCCAAGCUACUUCACCAGGAACUGGCGCAAACCUUGGCGGCCAACUUUGUACCGCAAUGAAUGCCGAAGAACAAAUGACGUCGAAAUUUACUUUGUCAAAUUGUAUGUAUUCAAAGCAAGCUCUUCGACAGCGUUACAGCAAACAAGAAAGUCGGCCAACGGCCAAAACAUUCCCAGGGUGAUAAAUGACAAAGACACUUUGAAGAAGAAGA